CUUUAGUUUAUUUUUAGAAGCAGCUCGCUCAAAAGUAUAUAGUUUUAUACCUGUAAGUUUUAUGUUUUUCAGUUGAUUAUUUAAAUUCGUUACUAAAAAAUGUCCAUAAAUGAUAACGACGAUGACGCAGAGAUGCCGUUCAGAGUCUUGGAGGAGCUGCGGAAAGUGUCACGUUCACUGGAGACAGAAUUUGAGCCCUCGUCACAACGCAAAAAGAUUGCUUCCGAGGUGCAAAAACGAAUAAAGGAAGGCGAAUUUAAGAUCAAAUCGAUGAAGGGCGACUCAAAAACAAAAAAAUAUACUUUAGAAUUGAGCAAUUGGGGAUACAAAAACGAAAGAAAGUUGAUCGAAAUCAAAAACCAGUUGCUCAAAUUGAAACAUGCCGAAAACCCAGAACAAGCUCUGGCUGAAAACAUAGUGAAAUUUUCAAGUGAGCAGACAAGUUUUGGCCAAAAUGGGAAGAAAAUCUGCAAACUGAAGACGACAACCGAAUUUUCAAACGAUGAUUUUAAAGUACGACGCAUGGUCGUGGAGUCGAAAUCUGAUAGGCAGAAACGGGAGACUAAAAUGGUACUUUUAGUUGGGAGUACUGGCAGCGGGAAAACCUCAUUGGUUAAUAAUAUUGUCAACUACGUCUACGGCGUCAGCUUGGAGGAUGAUUUCCGAUUGAAGUUAAUUGAAGAGAUGGACGAAGAGGAAGAAAAGGAUGACAGAGGGGGAGGGCUUCUGGGAGGCACUUGGGCUAAAAGUAUGACCUCAUGGGUUUCAGGUUACGAACUGAGAUGGCAAGAGGGCUUCAGGUGUCCCUGGAAUCUGUACCUGGUGGAUACUCCUGGCUUCGGAGAUGACAAGGGUCUGGAGCACGAUGAUUUCACCAUGACCCAAAUUCAGACAUUCCUAGACCGCAACGAGACAUGCAUUGUUGAUGAUCUCGCAUCAGUCGCGCUUGUAAUUCCUUCCUCGACAACUCAGCUCACGAAAGAAAACGAGUACGUUUUAAAUGAAACUUUAAAUCUGUUCGCCAAAAACUUGGAGCACAAUGUAUCUCCAAUAUUCACCUUUACCGAGGAUUUUGAGCUUCCGGCAAUUGAAAUGUUAACGCGAACCAAAAUAGAAUGUGCUAAGAACUUCAAAAUUGAUAACUCAGCGGUUUACGAAUGCAAAGACAAUUCUUCGGCUGAACUUGCAUGGAAAUUGAGCUUCCUUUCAUUUCGUGCAUAUUUCGAGCAUCUGGAAGGAUUGAUACCAGUCAGUUUGAAAGACAGUCGAUUUGCUUUGCACGAAAGAGAUCGGCUUCAUUUUGUUCUUGAGGACGUGCGGAAACAGAUCCAAAAAAUGACAGAGCAUCUAAUGACAAUGGAAAAGAUUUUGGAUCAUGUGGAAGACACCAUCGAUGCAUCCUUGGAAAGCGAUGAGUUUAGGAUUCGAACCCCUUCCCAGCGGCAUGUGAUAUCGGAAGUUGAACGGAUGGCGUUAAACUGCAACAUAUGUAAGCAUACAUGUCAACGUAGAGUUUUGUGGUUUGUACCAAUUCGCUUUCAUGCUGCGUUCAACCGAAAAGGAAAGUGCCGGGUUUGUGACAAAAAGUGCGACAAAAAACACCACGUCAUUGAGCCGAAAAUCUACGCUCCAGUUACUGGCGAAGAACUUCUACUAGGUGAGCAGCUCUACCAACAAUACAGACAAUCAGACACUGAGGAAAUAAGCAAACAAGUUCUGCUUGAGAGAAUGGAAAAAGAGUACAGAAACAUGAAGGACGAUCUGCAGUACAACAUUGCGAGGGUUUCCAUCAUUUUCAGGAACCUGGAGCAAGUGGCCAUGCGAAAUGAGAAUGUUUCAGAGUUGGAACACAUACAGCAUUUAAUCUCACAGGAGCUGAAAUCAGAUCAAUCAGAAGCAGCUAGGGAAGAGCAGCUCAAGUGGCUUCGCAUGCAGGAAGAGGUACUCAAAUGUGCCUAUGUCCUCAAGGGUCAAAAUAUUAUGGACACCGCAGAGCUGCGAGAGCUGGAAACACGAGUGUGCGACAAGCUGAAAGGAAAAGCGAAGAACUCCUGCGCACCAGAAGAUGAGAACGGAUUUGUUGUUUUGGAUGAGCCAAAAUAGCAUAAAAUGAACGCUGACCUGUUUAUAAUUGUAAAUAGUUCGUUUUAACUGAGCUUAACCGUGCUGCAUUAGAAUUAUUUUUAAUAUGAUAAAUAGAUUAAUAAGUUGAAAAUGCUACAGAAGAGUUUGUAAAUUGAAAAAUGAAAAUUGACAAGGCAAAGUAGAAUAAAU